GGGAACGAAAUGUCAGUCAGUCAACGAACCUAAAAAAUAAAGCUUUAUUUUUAUUUGAAACUUUUACAUUUACUAGUUUUACAAUGAUAAGAUAUCGUGGAAAGAAAAAGGUUUUAGAAAAAGUUAAAGAACUAGAUGCCUUUCCUAAAGUUCCUGAAGAAUACGUGGACAGCACACCGGUCGGUGGCACUUUUUCUAUUAUAGCAUUUUUGAUAAUUUUAUGGUUAAUUUACAGUGAAGUAAGUUAUUAUUUUGAUAGUAAUUUAGUGUUCAAAUUCUUGCCUGAUACGGAUAUGGAUGAAAAGUUGCGGAUCAAUAUAGAUAUUACAAUCGCUAUGCCUUGUUCUAACAUCGGAGCAGAUAUAUUGGAUUCCACAUCUCAGAGUGUUUUCGGUUUCGGCGAGUUGCAGGAAGAAGAUACAUGGUUCGAAUUAUCCCAAGAACAGCAAGAUGCUUUCGAUGCCGUGAAAUACUUGAACUCUUAUUUGAGAGAAGAGUACCAUUCAGUGUGGCAGUUGCUUUGGAAGAAAGGUCAUGGCUCAGUUCGAGCUACGAUUCCGGCUAGAAGGAACAAACCUAAUAGAAGACCAGAUGCAUGCCGAUUACAUGGUGUUCUAAUUUUGAAUAAAGUUGCUGGAAACUUCCACAUAACAGCGGGUAAAAGCCUACAUCUUCCCAGAGGCCACAUUCACUUGAAUAUGCUGUUUGAUGACACUCCACAGAAUUUUAGUCACAGAAUACAUAGACUCAGUUUUGGGAGUCCAGCUAAUGGCAUAAUUUAUCCACUUGAGGGUGAUGAAAAAAUUACAAAUGAUGAAAACAUGUUGUAUCAGUAUUUUGUUGAUGUUGUACCAACAGACAUAGACACAACAUUUGAAUCAAUCAAAACAUACCAGUACUCCGUUAAAGAGCUAGAAAGACCAAUAAGCCAUGCAAAAGGUUCCCAUGGAGUGCCUGGUGUAUUUUUCAAAUAUGACAUGGCUGCCUUAAAAAUCAAAGUUUUUCAGCAGAGAGAAAAUUUGCUGACAUUUAUGUUAAGACUUUUUUCAGUAAUAGGUGGAAUUUAUAUAGUAAUUGGUUUCAUUAAUACCUUAGUCUUAACUAUAAGGACUCAGUUUAUUAAAAGAAAAGGAAGUGAAAUUUCAACAGUUAGAAGAACUUCAUCUGAACCGAAAAGUAAAUUAGCGCAGUCUAACCCAUUAUUGAUUACUCCUGAAUUAAGUGUUCCUUUAGAAUUAAUCAAACAAUGAUAAAAGGAAAAUUUUAGGUUUAAGCUUAUAUUGUGUUGUAUAGAAGAGACUAUUUUGUGUAUGUAGGUAUUUAUAAUGCUAUUCAUGAGUUUAAUUAAAUGUGCAGAAAAUUAUGAUGACAUUUUGCAGUAGGUAUUGUGCAGUCCAUGACAAUACAUUAAAAUUGAAAUAUCUUGCAGCUAAGUAGAUUGCAGUAUGUUGUGAUAGAUUAAUCACUAUAUCAGUAAUAAAUUCUAAAAAC